AUGGAGGGUAAUGAGCAAGAGUUUGAGAUUUAUAGAGCUUUCGAGCACAGAGCAUAUUAUGUAUGGAGACUUUGGUGGGUCACGGAUGGAGAUGUUAGAUACGAGUCAUCCGCAAGAGAUAUCGAUAAAUCUAUAUCAGGAAUUUCAUCAAUUAUAGGUUUAUUAAUUACAGCUGUUCUAUUAAUUACAUCUUUACCAGUUCUUCCUGGUGCAAUUACUAUAUUAUUGUUUGAUCGAAAUUUUAAUCAUCCAGAAGUUUAUAUUUUAAUUCUACCAGGAUUUGGAUUAAUUUCUCAUAUUGUAAUAAGUGAAAGAGGAAAGAAAGAAAUUUUUGGAAAUUUAGGAAUAAUUUAUGCCAUAUUAGGAUUAAGUUUUAUCGUUUGAGCUCAUCAUAUAUUUACCGUGGGAUAUUUAUACUUCAACAACAAUAAUUGUACAGGAAUUAAUGUUUUUAGUGGAUUAGAUGGAGCAAAAUUAAAUUUAAAUAUUUCUGUAUUACGAUCUUUAGGAUUUAUUUUAUUAUUUACAAUUGGAGAAUUAACUUCAAAUUCAUCAAUUGAUAUUAUUCUUCAUGAUAUAUAUUACGUUGUAGCUCGUCUUCGCUAUGUUUUAUCAGUAGGAGCAGUAUUUGUUAUUAUUUCAAGAUUUAUUCAUCGAUAUCUUAUUUAAACAUUUCUUAUUAACAAUUACUGUUGCAAACGUUACUAA